AUGCUGACGCUCUUCCUCGCGAUCACAGGAGGUAUAAGCUGGAAUGAUGCCCUGGAUCCAUUGUGGAAAGUCUCCACAGUGGCAGUUGUAAGCUUGGUUCUGUGUCUCGGCUCCAACCAGCAUCACGUUUUGGAAGGUCGCGGGGCACAGCUGCGCUUGUUGGUUCUCUUUGCUUGGACUUGUACAUGCCACACUUCUUCAAAUGAGAAGUCUAAACCUGAUAUGCUGCCGACCCUGAAUGCUUCUGAUGCUUUGAGGGUCGUAGCUCUACGACGGGAUUCCCCUGCAUGUCGGAGGGGUUGGGGGACUGAGAGUCUGUAG